GGUCCACCUUGUUUUCAUUUAUUACUGCACCCUAGAGUUUUCCCCAUGGUACUUACUAGAACUUUUUAUUUUUAUGUAUAUUAUUGAAGCUACAGUUACUGUAAAAGAGCAUAUAAAAGAUAACUAAGUCCCUACGUAUUUCUAAUUGUUCAUCCACUUUUAGGCACUGGGUGGCGGUUACCUCCAUUGGGGCCAUUUUGAAAUGAUGCGCCUGACAAUCAACCGCUCUAUGGACCCCAGGAACAUGUUUGCUUUAUGGAGAGUACCAGCCCCUUUCAAGCCCAUCACCCGCAAGGGUAUGGGACACCGCAUGGGGGGAGGCAAAGGUGCCAUUGAUCACUACGUGACUCCCGUGAAGGCUGGCCGUCUCAUAGUAGAGGUGGGUGGGCGUUGUGAAUUCAAAGAGGUACAAGGUUUCCUCGACCAGGUUGCCCACAAGCUGCCCUUCCCAGCAAAGGCCGUGAGCCGUGAAACUCUAGAGAAGAUGCGGAAAGAUCAAGAGGAACGGGAACAGAACAACCAAAACCCCUGGACCUUUGAGCGCAUAGCCACUGCCAACAUGCUGGGGAUCCGGAAAGUCCUGAGCCCAUAUGACUUGACCCAGAAGGGGCGGUACUGGGGCAAGUUCUAUAUGCCUGAACGUGUGUAGUGAGAAUGGGAGACGGAUGUACAAAGGCUACCGGGAGAAAGAAUCUACAUUUUUAUUUCCCUCAGCCUAUCCUUACAGUCUCAGGUGCCUCUGAUAUCUAACCAAGGAGCAGUAUGUGAGUAAAUGAUUUCUGAAAAAUUGUGCAAUAUCUGUUGAUUUUUUAAGUGCACCAUAUUUAUAUCAAAUAAAGUUUGAGUACCCCCUCA